UUGGGCUAGCUCUCAUUUAAACAGUAGAGAAGCAGCGUGAAAUAGCCAUCUGAUGAUUGAUUGAAAACGCAAUUCUUCCCCUCUCCGGCACCGAAUCCAUUCCUGGAGCGGUAUCUCCAGAGGGAGAUUGUCCUGACUUUCUCUCUCAGGCCCUGUGAAAUUACUUUCAUUUUCGUGGGCUCGGUGUUUAUGAUAGCAGCAUUGUUUCUAAUCGGAUCUAUUUUAGCUUGGUUUCUCCAAUUCAUUGCAUGCAUGGGAGCAGUGGUUGUCUGGGAUCCGACAGUAAAACCAAAUUAACUUCCUCAGUACAUGAGCCAUUGAAUGGGCAGGAAUAUCUAGAUCAGGUAGUCCAUAAAGCUAAACUAUCAAAGGAUUUUUGGACAACCAGCACGUGUGACAUGGAGAGCAACAGUGCCGCUCAGUCACGAGGAAGUAUCUCGUCAAUUAGUACAUCUACCCAGACACAUGAUGCUCAUGGCGCUGCAAAUACGAAUGAACAUUCCGAAUUUGUUAAUCAUGGAGUCCUUCUCUGGAGCCAAAUCAGACAGCAAUGGGUUGGACAUAAAAUUCCCGAGAAACCAAAACAGCUGCUUGAACCCAAAUUAAGGUACAUUUUUUCUAUUGAUGGAUCUUACUUUCAGAGAAAAUUUGGUUUUGCAGCUGGAAUGCUACCUAUGAUAGUCUGCUGGGAAGCAACAAGCCAUUUCCCAAGCCUAUUCCACUUGCUGAAAUGGUAGAUUUUCUUGUGGAUGUUUGGGAGCAGGAAGGAAUGUAUGAUUGAGAUGUUGCAAGGCUGUGGAAAAAUCGUCAAAGGAGUAGGGCUUUUUAGGAUGAUCUAAACUUGAUUUGGUUCACGGAGAGCUUACUAGGUGUGGCGUGUUUUGUAAAUGACAUGUAAUCAAUCUACUUCGGCGUACAUUUAAACGAACUCUUGUGCUGGGAAAGUUGUUCACAUUUAUGAAAACUGAUGACUCUUCUGGUUUUGGCAGUGGA